AUGGACGCAUCCCAGAAACCUCAUGUUAUUAUUAUCGGUUCGGGCGCCUCGGGCUGCCUCAUCGCCCAAGGCCUAAAGAAGAGAGGAAUAUCGUUUAGCAUUCAUGAUGUAGUGGACCCAGCAAAGCGUCCUCGAAAUUGGAGCAUGAGCAUCUAUUGGGCCUUCCCAUAUUUCGAGAAACUGCUUCCCAAGCAUUUGUACGAACGAUUGCAGGAGGCACUGGUCAGACCUCACUAUCAUGCUACCGCCAAUGAAAAACUUGUUAUUAGCAAUAUUCAAACAGGUGACAUCGUGAAGGAGUUUACAUACCCAUACGCGAUCAGGACGAAUAGAAUGGGAAUUAGAAAGCUAGCGGUUGAGGGAAUUGAUGUCGUGUACGACCAUGAACUGAGUGGCAUCGAAUACACUGAAACUGGCGUGAUCGCACACUUCGCUGAUGGGACUUCUGAGGCCGGAACAACUUUAGUCGGUGCAGAUGGGGGAGGCUCAUUUGUUCGACGUCAGCUACUCGGGCCGCGUGGGGAAGCGCAAAGUUUUCCCGAUUACGAGAUGGUUAACAUGAACGUCAGAUAUCCCUUGGAGCAUGCCAAGUAUAUUGCAGAGCAUGUUGCUGGCUACGUCGAUUAUGGAGUUCAUCCAAAGGGCGUUUUUAUGAUGUUGCUCUACUGCACGGCCCCUGAUGCGAAUGAUCAUUCGACGUGGACAUUUCACAUCGCAUUGACUUUCCCUAGGGGCCUUCUCGGAAAGUCCCUCGAGGGCUUAAGCAAUAGCGAGCGCGUCCGCCUACUAAAGACCCUCGCUGACGACAUGACUGAACCAAGGCGAACGAUCUUGAAGCAUUUGCCUGACGACCAGGUGGUACCUUAUGAUCCUAUCAGAUAUUGGGUACCAACACCAUGGGAUAACCAUGACGGUCGGGUUACACUAGCUGGGGAUGCGUCGCACGCCAUUUCUUUUCAUCGAGGCCAAGGGUUUAAUAAUGCUGUCACGGACUGCGCUCACUUCGUCUCAGCUAUGGAGAAUGUGGCAACAGGAAAAGCAAACCUUGUUGAUGCCAUAAAUGGCUAUGAGAAAGAAGUGAUUGAGCGAGGCAUUCGCGAGGUAACCCUGUCUAAGGAGCUCACGUUGAGUAUCCACGAAUGGAAUCGCUUUUUAGAGAGUCCAGAAAUCAAAUACGGCGGCAACGACUUACGGGGGCUUAAGCAGGCCAAUGCCACAGGAGAGGCUAUUGUCAGCAAUUGA